GUGCCGGCCCUGGCUUUGCGGUUUCUUUGUUUUACCACAGAACGCUAAAAAUCGGAGGCACAUACGGCUACAAAAUAUGAUUAUUUUAGUAGACUUCAUGUAGAUAACUGGUAAAUAAUUUAUUCCAUAUUAUCAGAACUAAUAUUAUUAUCAAGUUGAAAGGAAGGAAAUAGAUAAGGAACUCUAAAGUCUCGUAAUUCAUUCCAAGAACCUGAGAGAUCAAGCUUAGACAAAUUCAUAUUUUUAAACGUACGCGACCAGUUAAAACGUUUCUGAGUGAACUGUGAUAAUAAAUUGUAAUAAAAAAUAUAAUUAUAAUAAUACCAAGGCUAACAACAAUAACAUAACUAAAUAAAACGUAUUGACAAAGCCUCGAGGAAAGAAUUUUUGUGUUAUUAGUAUCAAUCAUAAUGAUACGCCAAAUAAAUUUUGUAUCGGUAAUCCUUCUAGGCUUUGGAAUAUUAUUUAUCAGAGAAACAUCAUGUUAUCCGGCAGAAACAUCAGAUGAUUUUUUAUCUCUUGGACUAAAUUAUUUUACAAAAACAGCAAAAUCAGUUUCUCCCAAUUAUGGAUUUAACAGACUGUUAUCUCCAUUUUCAGAUCUUCAGACCAGAAUUCGUAAUAGUAUGCAUAAUACUGAGCGAAAUAAUAUAGAUUGGAUCCAAAAAUCUCUGCAUCCAUGGCAGAUAAAUAGAUACAAUGCAGAGAAAUCAAAGGAAAACUUUGAAAAACAAUAUAGAUCUAACGAAGAACCUAGUAAUUUGCAAUGGAAUAUCUUUACGAAUAAAAAUAUCGGAAAGUUAUCGUCUGUGAAUCCAAAUAAUGCAAUUGUAAGCAAUGAUCGGGCAACUGAACAGUACGUAAAUUAUGCUACGAAUAAAGCUGUGGGCAACAAUGAUGAUAACACAUAUGAAACUGAAACUUUAACAAGUACUGAAGUAACAACUGAGUUUACAACUGAUUCUACUGAAUAUACAACCGAGAUUGAUGAACUAUCAAAUCGAGUCGCUGUACCGCCCCAAGUUGUUGCAUCACUUCUUGGAUGAGGACUUCUAGGUUAUUUGUUGAAAUUCAAGAAAGUCGGUUAAAUCUUAUUUAUACCUAUUUAUCUUAGCUUAGUUAUAACAAAAUAACUUUAAUCACAUGAUGACUGUACACAGUUUCAAAUUACACUGUUUUUAUUUUAGAAAGGUCAUUAUAGUACCUGUAAAAUUUUAGAUUCUAUUAACAAUGGAUAAAGUAUUAUUGGGAAUUUUAAGAUAAGAUAAAAUAGGGUACCCUUAAGUCUUUACUACACCUAGAAACAACGUACCUACUAGGAAAAAAAUGUUUUAAAGAGGGGUGGAAAGGAAGUCUCUCUCAGCGAACAAAAUCUUAGCGAAUGCUGCUAAAGCAAUCUUUUAGACAACUUUUGAAGAAAAGCUUUUGAGAACGCGAGAUAGAGCA